AUCACCUGGUUCUCAACCAACGCCACUGAUACCAAAGAUUCUCAACCAAUGCGCCACUGAUACCAAAAUUCAGUCCUCUCAAGUUCCCGUUUCGGACCCGAUGGCAGACUAGUUGUGCCCGGCAUGAGAUCCAACGUCACAAGAGUACUGCUUGCUGUUGCGUUGGCAGCUACUUUGCAGUGUGCAAGAACACCGGUGUUUGCAACACCACGGGCUAGAAGCGGGCACAUGAUUCGCAGACGUGUUGGAGAUGAGCUUUCAAGUGUGCUUAAUGUAGAGCAAGAUCCAAAUUUUCAAGCUGCAGUUACAAGUGCCUGGGCUUUUGUGCAAGCAACUCUGACACCUGCAGCCGAGCUGGCGAAAAGCCUUAAACAAGUUCGAGAAUUUGCGAGCGACUGGAAAAUGCAAAAACCUUUUGAAGGCAAGGAUGCGGACACACAUGUUAAAGAAUUGACAGGCAGGAUUGAAGAAGCCAUAGCUGCAGGGAAGACUGUUCUGAUACCGACUGCGCAAGAGGCAGACUUGCCUCUUGAGCCAAUCAGAGGUACUCCCUUCGAGAAGCUCAUGGUUGCAACGCUGCAGAAUAUAAGCAUGGUUGGAGUCUACGCACUGCACGCAGAGCCUGGUGCUGGAAAGUCAACUGCUGCAACACUGGCAGCACUUGAACUGAAAGGUAGACAGCCGAAGGAUGUAAUCGUAGUUUUGCAGAACGACUUUGAACGUCAAGUAGAGUCUUUCUUCUGCCUCUCCAACAUCAAAUUUACUGCAGAAAUCGCCCGCCCCUUCUUAGCCAUGCUGAGGGAGAAGGGGAUCAGACUGAGGUUAAUUCUCGACAAUGUUCUUGAUAGUAGUACAAUGAGUGGGCAAACUGGAGAUAGAUUGAGAGUGCUCGCCCGGGCUGCGAAUGACAACCUUCACCAGGUCAUUGUCAUCGUGCAGAGUGAAGCUGUAGCGAACGACAUUGCAGGUCUCAAUGGCGAUACAACGCAGAAAGGGGAACAGAUGCCAGCAGUGUGGUACCGAUGGUCUAGAGAAGAGACGCUGGAGCUCCUUAAUCGUACGAGCGACAAACAAGAACUCUUGGAGAAGCAGUUGGGAAAGGAUCGAGAACGACGAGAAGCUGAAGAACGAAACGUUCUCCGGACUGAGGCUCUAGAGUUGGCUCUAGAGCGCUCGCAAAUCCCUGACAAAUAUGGCUGUUGGAGACCCAGAAGUACCAUACGAUACAUCAUGACUGGAAAUAGACCAACUGCACCAACUGCACCUCUCCCCAUCGCAGGCACUAGUGCUACGACAAGAGCUGUUUGGGUGAGGCAGCUCCAGAAGGACUGACGACAGUUCCACA